CAGACACACACCAGUGGCGACAGGGGAGAGUUGGAAAGACGCAGGAGAGAAGCAGGAGGCAGGAGGCAGCGGGGAGGGAGCAAUGGGAGCGGGAAGCAGGCAGGUUCCCUCGCAAAUACCCCUCCGGCCCCACGUCGCUUCGCCGGCCCCGGCAGGGGAGCCAGGAACCGGGCUAGCAGAUGGAGGAGUGGAGCUCGCUCUAGGCAGCGGGCUUGGCCGGAGAAUGGAGGAGCCGCCAAGCGACCGGCUGAUUGGAAGAGAAACGCAGAGCGAUGGAGGCGGGGGUAGGAGGACGAUUUCUCUGCGGGGACUGGCGGCGGCGUAUACGCCCGGGUCGGGCGCUGCAGAGCUUGGCUGGCUUUCAACCCGCGCUCGCCGGCUCCAGCCCCGCGCGCCCCCACCCCCAGCCCUCCCGGCGGCUCCGCAGGGUGAGGUGGUUUUGACCGCGGGUUGCCCGGCCAGCACGACCCAAGGAGGAGGCUGGACGGCUAAAGAAUGAACGGAGAAGCUGACUGCCCCACAGACCUGGAAAUGGCCGCCCCCAAAGGCCAAGACCGCUGGUCCCAGGAAGACAUGCUGACUUUGCUGGAAUGCAUGAAGAACAACCUUCCAUCCAAUGACAGCUCCAAGUUCAAAACAACCGAGUCACAUAUGGAUUGGGAAAAAGUAGCAUUUAAAGACUUUUCUGGAGACAUGUGCAAGCUCAAAUGGGUGGAGAUUUCUAAUGAGGUGAGGAAGUUCCGAACAUUGACAGAAUUGAUCCUUGAUGCUCAGGAACAUGUUAAAAAUCCUUACAAAGGCAAAAAACUCAAGAAACACCCGGACUUCCCAAAGAAGCCCCUGACCCCUUAUUUCCGCUUCUUCAUGGAGAAGCGGGCCAAGUAUGCGAAACUCCACCCUGAGAUGAGCAACCUGGACCUGACCAAGAUUCUGUCCAAGAAAUACAAGGAGCUGCCAGAGAAGAAGAAGAUGAAAUAUAUUCAGGACUUCCAGAGAGAGAAACAGGAGUUCGAGCGAAACCUGGCCCGGUUCAGGGAGGAUCACCCUGACCUAAUCCAGAAUGCCAAGAAGUCGGACAUCCCUGAGAAGCCCAAAACCCCCCAGCAGCUGUGGUACACCCACGAGAAGAAGGUGUAUCUCAAAGUGCGGCCAGAUGCCACUACGAAGGAGGUGAAGGACUCCCUGGGGAAGCAGUGGUCUCAGCUCUCGGACAAAAAGAGGCUGAAAUGGAUUCAUAAGGCCCUGGAGCAGCGGAAGGAGUACGAGGAGAUUAUGCGUGACUAUAUCCAGAAGCACCCCGAGCUGAACAUCAGUGAGGAGGGCAUCACCAAAUCCACCCUCACCAAGGCCGAACGCCAGCUCAAGGACAAGUUUGAUGGGCGACCCACCAAGCCACCUCCGAACAGCUACUCGCUGUACUGCGCAGAGCUGAUGGCCAACAUGAAGGACGUGCCCAGCACUGAGCGCAUGGUGCUAUGCAGCCAGCAGUGGAAACUGCUCUCCCAGAAGGAGAAGGAUGCCUACCACAAGAAGUGUGACCAGAAAAAGAAAGAUUAUGAGGUGGAGCUUCUCCGUUUCCUAGAGAGCUUGCCGGAGGAGGAACAGCAGCGGGUCCUGGGGGAGGAGAAGAUGUUAAGCAUCAACAAGAAGCAAGCCACCAGCCCCGCAUCCAAGAAGCCCUCGCAGGAAGGGGGCAAGGGCGGUUCAGAGAAGCCCAAGCGGCCGGUGUCGGCCAUGUUCAUCUUCUCUGAAGAGAAGCGGCGGCAGCUGCAGGAGGAGCGGCCCGAGCUCUCGGAGAGCGAGCUGACCCGUCUUCUGGCCCGCAUGUGGAACGACUUGUCGGAAAAGAAGAAGGCCAAGUACAAGGCCCGGGAGGCGGCGCUGAAGGCUCAGCCGGAGAGGAAGCCGGGCGGGGACCGCGAGGACCGGGGCAAGCUGCCCGAGUCACCCAAGAGAGCCGAGGAGAUCUGGCAGCAGAGCGUCAUCGGGGACUACCUGGCCCGCUUCAAGAAUGACCGGGUGAAGGCCUUGAAAGCCAUGGAGAUGACCUGGAACAACAUGGAGAAGAAAGAGAAACUCAUGUGGAUUAAGAAGGCAGCCGAAGACCAAAAGCGAUACGAGAGAGAGCUGAGUGAGAUGCGGGCACCCCCAGCUGCUGCAAACUCAUCCAAGAAGAUGAAGUUCCAAGGAGAACCCAAGAAGCCUCCCAUGAACGGUUACCAGAAGUUCUCCCAGGAGCUGCUGUCCAAUGGGGAGCUGAACCACCUGCCGCUGAAAGAGCGCAUGGUGGAGAUUGGCAGCCGCUGGCAGCGCAUCUCCCAGAGCCAGAAGGAGCACUACAAAAAAUUGGCAGAGGAGCAGCAGAAGCAGUACAAAGUACAUCUGGACCUCUGGGUCAAGAGUUUGUCUCCUCAGGACCGUGCAGCGUAUAAAGAGUACAUCUCCAAUAAACGUAAGAGCAUGACCAAGCUUCGAGGCCCAAACCCCAAAUCCAGCAGGACUGCCUUGCAGUCCAAGUCGGAGUCUGAGGAGGAUGAUGAAGAGGAUGAGGAGGAUGAGGAUGAGGACGAAGAGGAGGAGGAUGAUGAGAACGGGGAUUCCUCUGAGGAUGGUGGGGACUCCUCUGAGUCCAGCAGCGAGGACGAGAGUGAGGACGGAGAUGAGAACGAGGAGGAUGAUGAGGAUGAGGACGAUGACGAGGACGACGAUGAGGAUGAGGACAAUGAGUCUGAGGGCAGCAGCUCUAGCUCCUCCUCCUCGGGGGACUCCUCGGACUCUGACUCCAACUGAGACUCAUCCCACCCAGGGCUCCCCUCCCCAACUGACCACCUUUGUUUCUCCCCCAUGUUCUGUCCCCUGCCCCUGGCCUCCCCCACUUUCUUUCUUUUUCUUUUUCUUUUUUCUUUUUAAUUCGGUGGGGGAGGGGCUGGAGGAGCCCAGGCCAGGACUCUGCAGCCUCAGAGACAUCAGCCCUGGGGGGCCCUCCAGGGAGUGCAACCAUCAGACUGAGCCACCACUGGACCGGCCCGGCCCACCCCUCUUCUGCACUUGGGGUUCCGUCAUGGACAAUGGACCUGGGAGUGGGGUGGGGGGUCCCAAAGAGUUCAGUGAGGCCCUCCACACCUGCAGCCCGACCCAUGGGAGGGUGGAAGCUUGGGGAAGACCCUUCCUGUCCUGGAGGGGCUUGCCGACUGGACCCCUGCAUUGGAACUGGAGGCAGGGAACACGUGGGGGGAGAGGAGGGCAGGAGCCUCAGAGAGAACAGGCGCCGCCCCAUAGCCCUCUCCCCUGCCCUCUGCAGGAAGGAGCUGCCUGGACCCACUCAUGGGGGGGAGGGGGCAGAAGUGUUUUUUAUAUAUGUGUAUAUAUUUUUUUUUUUAAGCUCUGAGCUGUCAACGAGACGUUUCCUACCGAUCUCGGCUGCCGUCUCUGUUGUCAUUUCUGGGAGAGGGAGGGUUUAGGGGGUAGGUUUGGGACUUUUUAAAAACGGUCUUGAUGUGAAUGGAAAAGUGCGUGCGCGCGAGCGAGCGUGUGUCGCCUGUACAUAGCAUGGGUGCACCUGUGGAUGUGUGCAAAGGCGUGUGUGCAUGUGUGUGUGCGCGCGCGUGUGUAAGAGAAGGGAGAGCCCACCUCAGUCUGAAUCUGGUGAAUGGGUUGGUAAGGGCCAGGGAGAUGUUGAUCCUGGUGGGAACAGGCUGGGGCAGCCCCUUUCUCCACAUUCUCUGCUUUGCCUAAUCUCUGAUUCAAUUGGCGGGGGGCGGGGUGGGGGGGUGUACUGACCACUCUAAUGCUUCCUAUAUAUCUGCUUCCCUCUGCCAGGGCCACAUGACUCUGAGCCGCCGCUGGUCUCCAGUGGGGCAUUGGGAGGGGGACAGACUGGGUGCACCUAAAAGAGCUUUUAUUUAGUGGGAAGGACCUUCCCAGUUCAUCUGGGAGGUUGCCUGGCCACCUUAGGCUCAGAAACUGGGCUUGGGGAGAUAGAUGGGAAGCUCUUAACACACACCCCUCCUGCCUUUCCCUGUAUCCUCCAGCUCCCCCACACCCCCACCCCAUUCCCUUUGAUUUCUCAGGUCUGCUCCCUUCCCCGCCCCUCCAAACCCCCAGGUGGGGAAGGGGUCUGCAAAGGCUGCUUUUGCAGCUGUCCUAACCCUUCCUGGCCAUCUCCAAAUGUCUGGUACCCUAAUCCCUAGACCCUUAAUAAGCCAAGCCACCUUAUCUCUGUGGAUUGAAAUUUUUCAUUUUUUAUUAAAUUUUGGCUUUUUUUUUUCUUAAAAUCAUGUUAAUGACCUAUUUAGUGGGGGCUUUGUGCUUUUCUGCCUCCCCUCUCUGAAUGAAAGCCAAGGGAUGGGGGAAGAAUGGGAAUUCCACCCAGGAGGUGGGAUGGGAAAGGUAGGUCCCACCCCCAAAGGAAAGCAAACAAUCUGCUUUGCCUCGGACGUGGUGCUGGGGGUGGGGAACCUGGGGGGGACACUCCCCUCUCCCACUCUCCUUCCUUUGUCCUGACCCUGACACAGGGGUUCAUAGGUUCUAUUUCUUCCCCAAGAGCCCCUGCAAAGAACCCCAUUUUCCUGUCUGAAUGCCCCUACACUGUUGUGUUUUAGUGGAAUGUGUUUUCAUUUAAAGACAACUUUGAAUGGGGCACUUUUUUUUUCGUGUUUUAAAAAUCAAAAAUUCUUACAGUACGAACAGGGCUGUGGGGAGGGGGGUGUUGGUGCUGUAAGAGGUCACUCUGAGUGCAUUUUGGCACUGGGAUGGGAUGGUUGGAGUGGGAGGACCCCCCCCACUCUCUCCCCUUUUUUUCUAAUAUUUAAGGAGUGUUUUUGUAGGUUUCAACAACAACCACAACUUGAAUUUGUAUCAUGGGAGGUGGGAGGGAGUGUCUUAGAGGUGUCUGCCUAAGCUUAAGGCCAACUGUAGAAGUUUUGUUUUCCCUCUUUUUGUACAAUAAAGUGAAAAACAAAGGUUUGA